AUGAUUCCCAGUCUAAUGAAACUGGCGUACUUUUCGUGCACCCCGGAAGAACUAAAGCGUUUCAUUCCGGACAGCAUCCACAAGAAAGUCAAUGGACAGUUGUGCUGUACCCAAAUAUAUGCAAAGCCGUCCACGGGUUGGUGUACGAGCGACGAAGAAUUUGUUUUUAGUGAACAGCCAGAUUUCCUGUGUAUGUUGGCCGCUACUAAUGGGCACUUGGACUGCCUGCAUUUGGCGACCAAUUCGAAAAACCACAUGUGGAGUCACAAAGUGUGGAUAGGCGCGGCGCGCAACGGUCAUCUUGAAUGCAUGAAAUACAUACCGCCUUAUCCCGGCAUAUGGAGCAGGAAAAUGUGCCGUGUGGCGGCGAGUCACGGCCAAUUAGAGUGUAUGCAGUACGCCUGGGAGCUCGACUAUCAUUGGAAAGGAAAGAAGAUGAUGAAAUACGCGGCGAAAGGCGGCAACGUGGAUUGCGUGAAGUAUGCGCGCUUCAAGGGUUGCGCAUGGGAUGAAACAACAAUUGCCAUUGCCGCGCGUAACGGCCGGCUGGAGUGUAUGGCGUACCUGCACACCAACGGUUGCCCUUGGGACGAGCGCACGUGUAGCGCAGCUGCGGGAUCCGGCCAACUGAGUUGUUUGGAAUACGCGUUGGCACAGGGGUGUCCGAUGAACCUGGACACGGGCGUGGAAGCGGCGAGAAAUGGCCACGUGGACUGUUUGCGUUUGGCAUUGGCGCACGGAUGUCCGCUGGUGGUGGAGUUGACGAUGGCCGCCAUGAGCUCCGGGCAACUUCAAUCCUAUAUCAUGUUGAUGGUAAAGGGUUGUCCCUCUGCUACCUAA